AUGGAGCUGAUAACUGCCUCUCAAGCAACCAGACAAAUUGGCCACCUAUUACUAGAUUGCGACGAGGCAAAAGACGAUUUAAAACGUGCCGCCUUCUUCGCUGACGGCCCUUCCUGGUCCAUAUCUAGAAUCGAGACUCCACUUGUUGGCAUCGAAAAGAGCCUAAAAGGCUUGCAACGCAUCUUCAGCUCCACUGAUUGCCCUCAACAUCCAUUUCGAGAAGCAGGUCAUAAACACAGUUGCUUCAAGGCUGCUCUUGGGGGGUGUUCACAUGUCUUGGACUCGGCCAUCUACAAUCUUAACCCCGAAAAGCUUCGUGACGCGUCUAUCCCGUGGAAUGACUAUUACACCCUUAUGAGCAACUAUCAUAAUGUUCUGGAGGAUCUUGUACGCAUGGUCGACCCAGCCCAGGACGGUCCGCCGGCGUUGGAACUUCAAAAACGUAUCGACACGAACAACAUACAAGCUACACGACUUAAGCACAUGGUUGAUGGGAAUAAAACGCCAGCAAAAAAGAAUGAAUCCUCGUCCCCUGCACAACCGAAAGCUCAAGCAUCUGGAAAAGAAAAAACAGAGGGGAAAAGGGUAUCAGAUAAGAGCACAACAGCACAAGCUCCCACACAAUCCACCCACGCAGGUGCCCUUCCAAACAGCUCGACUCAGUCACACGGAGACCAUACUGGCCACAGAAGAGGCGGAGAGGAAGGACGUGACAAUGUUUGCAAAGCGCUCAAGAGACUCGGAAUCCUAGAUGACAAGGCUCUGAAAGGCAAUCGGGCAUUAUGGCUGCUGAGGGCCAUAGACGACGGGGACUCCUUCGAGAUGGUCCGCCUUCUGCUUGAACUGGGGUUUGAUCCCAAUCAAGAAUCGCCUGACCCCAACACUGAGAAUACCAAGGAGCCCGAGGAUCCCAAGGACCGCAAGUACCCUAAGGACCGUCCACUGUGCUAUGCUGCCAAAAAGGGAAAAUCAGACAUCGUGGAGCUCCUCAUUAAGAACGGUGCAAAAAUCGAUGCUCGAAACGUCCUUAGGGAAACAGCGCUCCUAAGCGCUGCGAAGUGGGGGAUGGAUGAGGUGGUUGAGCGCCUCCUGAAUGCACCGCAUGAUGCCGAUAUCGAAACACAGAGACAGAGCGUAGGUAGAAGUUAUUUCAAAGGAUUCACUCCUCUGAUGCUGGCGGUCUAUAACGGUCGCCUGAAUACGGUCAGGUUAUUGCUCAAGCGGGAAGCGAAUCCCGAUGUGGUGGAUCAAGCUGGGAAUCCCCUGUUUCACGACCGGAAUCUCGACGCCGGCACCCUUCCAACACACGUGACCUCGCGCCGCUUUUACUCAGGCUGGCUCGCGUCCGGCUUAACGUCGGCUCAGGCUCGGCUGGGCCAGCUCACCUUGCUGACCACGUCGGGCGGUGGCCCAAAGGUCGUCCCUCCUCCAGACCGUCAAGUUUUAACGAGGGCCCCAAAACGAGGUCCCUAG